UAUAUUUUAAAACCAACAUGUCGUGUAUUUGUCAAUAUUUUGUUCAUAACAAAGAACGACAGGAUCAAGCAGAUUCUUAUACAGAUACUGCAACUAUUCCAAAAGAUUGUAUAUCAUCAGAAAAUACUGAAAACAACAAUGAACCGUCAAUCAACACCCCUAUAUCCGCCUCCGAAUUGGCAGCUGCUCGUGCAGAAAAUUGGCUUUUAAAUAAAAAUCUAAUAGAUGCUCGUAUCACUAUUGAGAAUCUAGAGAGUUUGGUUAAAACAAUAAUGGAUAAACAGAAUACGAUGCUAACGGAAAUGUAUCAUUUGAAACGUUUGAAUCAAAAGUUGGAAGAAGAAUGUCGUUUGCAACGUGACUAUCAUGCGAUGGAACGUAAUGCAAUGAUUAGGGAAUUGCAUGAUGUUAAGGAGUUAUUACAGAAACGCUCAAAACUAUUGGAUGAAACUCUUCAGAAGAACAACGAGUUAGCGAGUGCUGUUCAAGAGGUCAAUGAAAAGUUCUACUUGAUGGACAUCAAAUAUAUACGUUUAAAAGAAGCAUGUUCUUAUCAAUCGUCUGAGCAAUCUGAUACCGAAGCAUCGUCGGAUGAAGAGCAAACGGAGUAGCAUAUUUUUUUUUAUUUAAUAUAUUUAAUAUAAUCAUAAUUAUUUACUUAUAUAUUUAUUUCAAAAUAAAAUACAUACGU